AUGGAAUGUUCACACCGCACGGAAAGCAAAUCUACCGUCACGCGGUUCCGAUCUCAAGCCGACAGCCCAUCGUCGAGGGGUGGAGCUCAUUCGGCAUUCCCGAAAUCCGUCCUAGAGGCCCUUCGACGACUUUGCACGAGCAAAUGCCAGACCGGUACUGAGGAGGGGGUGGAGGAGAGCGAGAGGGAUGCCGUCAGGACUGCGCAGGCGCGGACUGGGACCCCGCCCCUCCUCUGUCGUCUGCUUCUUCUUUUUUCUGGCAGCAGCUGGAAGCGGUUGGAGAAAAAGACACGCCCCAUGACUUGCCUGGACGCGCCGCAAGUUUUCGUUUUUCGCUCGGGGCCAGAGGAGACCGUCAAAGCGGAAGACGACGGGAGCUUUGCGGAUCCGAUGCGGGUCGGGCUCUCUCGGGCCGACGCGGCCCGCGGGGGUUCACUCGGGGCAGGAGCAGGAAUUCGACAGGAAUCGAAGAAGAAUUCGAUGGUCCCGGAGGCAGGAUUCACCCAGACCGAAAACUUCGGACGAGUGAGAAGUCGACCUGAUUCGUUUGUUCCCCGCUGCGACCAUCCCGAAUCGCCGGAGACCCGAGACGAUUUCCAUAAGAUGAGCUGGGUCGGGAGCAUCGUGCGGUCUCCGCGCUAUCGCGUGUCGGAUGCCCCGCGUGACGUCACUCUCUUCGACUUCUUCUUCCGUCGCAACGAUCCGGCGAGGUUCGGGGAUCAGCCGUUCAUCACAGACACCGUGACCGGGGAGGUCCUGCGCUACAAUGAAGUGGGGGGGAGGGUGAGGCGGACCGCGUCGGCGCUGCGCAGGCGCGGACUGGGACUCCGCCCUUCUUCUGUCGUCUGCUUCCAUGGGUACAACCAUGUGGAUUACGUCGUUGCCAAUUGGGCCGUCGUUGCGUGCGGGGCCACCUCUCUCCUUAUUCCUUUCAACGCCACCGAUCACAUGGAGGAACUAUGCCGGGGAGAGGAGGCGGAGUUCGUGUUCUGCUCCCCAGAGUUCAGCGAUCUGGUGAAGAAUUGCGAGAGCGUGAAAGAAGUGUUCACAUUCGGCCCGGGGCCAGAGGGGACCGUCGAGGCAAGGACUCUCUACGAGGAAGACGACGGAAGCAACUUCCCGAGCCAGUCGGGGCUGAGGCCGAGCGAGGACGCGGUGGCGAUAUUCUACACGAGCGGGACGACGGGGCCGCCCAAGAACAUCGAGCACACGCACGCUUCCGUCAUCGCCGCAAUCCUCAACACCGACAGACAACCGGGGGAGGGGGUCGGAGUGGCGACCGUGAGUCCCUACCACUUCGGGUUGAUCUCGGGGUUCACGACAUCACUGGUGGGGUUACUGGUCGGUUUUCAUAUCGUGACCGCACGCGCCAGCGACUUCCUCGGCACCUUGUCUGCCAUUCAACGAUACCAGCCCCGCGUGGUGACAUGCAUGUCAAGGGAGGUGAUAAACCUGGCCAGGAGCGACCUGACGGAGCAAUUCCGCCUGGACAGCGUCGAGAUGGUCAUCUACGGAGGGACUCACACCGGUCAUGUCGUCCUGGAUCAAUUGAGGGAAAAAUUUCCAAACAUCAAAGAAUACAUCGAGAUCUACGGUUCGACCGAAACGAUGCUUCUGACGGCGGGGUACUUCUCCCCCGCAGGACCCAAGAAGGGAUCCGUGGGGCAACUGGCCCCCUUCGCAGAAGCGAAGGUGGUGAAGCUCGGGACGUGGGAGGCUCUUGGACCCGGGGCGAGGGGGGAAUUGUGCUAUCGCACGCCGUCUCUCAUGCGAGGGUAUCGGUCGCCGGCAGAGCUGACCAAGGAGGUGGUCCACGAGGACGGGUUCUACCGCUCUGGGGACUACGGCUUCAUCGACGAGGACGGGUACAUCUACGUGAUCGACCGGGUGAAGGAGCUCAUGCCGGUCGUGUCCUCCGAUCGGGAGCAGCUGGUUUCUCCAUCGGAGAUCGAGGACUGUUUGUAUCAACACCCGGACGUGGAGAGGGUCGGUGUGACGGGGGUCCAAAUAUCGGCGGAGACCCCGGAUGCUCAGGUCCCUCGGGCCUUCGUGAAGCUCAAACAUCAUCGGUCCAAGUCCGUUGAGACCGCUGAGGAACUUCAGGAUUUCGUCUCACGUCGACUGAGCGAGGAGCAUUGGCUGAAGGGAGGCGUGGCCUUCCUGGACGAGAUCCCCCUCUGUCCGGCCGGGAAGGUGAGACGGAGGGAGCUCCAACCCCUCGCUCAAGUGGAACGCUUGAAGGUCAUGACGCCUUUUUCCUCCCUCCCUCCUUCCCUCCUUCCCUCCUCCAUCUUCCCUCGUCCCAUUCCUCGUGCAGAGAUGAGCUGGGUCGGGAAGAUCGCGCGGUCUCCGCGCUAUCGCGUGUCGGAUGCCCCGCGUGACGUCACUCUCUUCGACUUCUUCUUCCGUCGCAACGAUCCGACGGUGUUCGGGGAUCAGCCGUUCAUUACAGACGCCGCGACCGGGGAGGUCCUGCGUUUCAAUGAAGUGAAGGGGAAGGUGAGGCGGGCCGCGUCGGCGCUGCGCAGGCGCGGACUGGGACUCCGCCCCUCUUCUGUCGUCUGCUUCACUGGGUACAACCAUAUGGAUUACAUUCUCGCCAAUUGGGCCGCCAUUGCGUGCGGGGUCACUACUCUCAUCAUUCCUGCCUACGCCGCCGAUCACAUGGAGGAACUGUGUCGACGAGAGGAGGUGGAGUUCGUGUUCUGCUCCCCGGAGUUCAGCGAUCUGGCGAAGAAUUGCGAGGGCGUGAAGGAAGUGUUCACCUUCGGCCCAGGGCCAGAGGGGACCGUCGAGGCAAGGACUCUCUACGAGGAGGACGACGGGAGCAACUUCCCAAGCCAGUCGGAGCUGAGGCCGAGCGAGGACGUGGUGGCGGUGUUCUACACGAGCGGGACGACGGGGCCGCCCAAGACCAUCGAGCACACCCACGCCUCCCUCAUCGCCGGAUGCAUCAACGUCGACAGGGCUCUCCCUCCCCCCUCCAUCAGAACUCUGCCUCCUCUUCUCUCGCAGCCCCGCGUGUUGACGUGCAACUCGAGGGAGGUGAUAAACCUGGCCCGGAACGACCUUACAAAGCAGUUUCGCCUGGACAGCCUCGAAAUGUUCGUCUACGGAGGGACUCACAUCGGUCAGGUCGUCCUGGAUCAAUUGAGGAAGAAGCUUCCGAACAUCAAAGAAUACAUCGAUAUCUACGGCUCCACGGAGACGAUGGCCCUCACGGCGGGAUAUCUUGCCCACGCAGGAUCCAAGAAGGGAUCCGGGGGACCCCUGCUCCCCUUCAUGGAAGCGAAAGUGGUGAAGCCGGAGACGUGGGAGGCGCUAGGACCCAGGGAGAAGGGAGAAUUGUGCUAUCGCACGCCAUCUCUCAUGCGAAGGUAUCGGUCGCCAGCUGAGCUGAACAAGGAGGUGGUCCACGAGGACGGGUUCUACCGCUCUGGGGACUACGGCUUCAUCGACGAGGACGGGUACAUCUACGUGAUCGACCGGGUGAAGGAGCUCAUGCCGGUCGUGUCCUCCGAUCGGGAGCAGCUGGUUUCUCCGUCGGAGAUCGAGGACUGUUUGUAUCAACACCCGGACGUGGAGAGGGUUGGUGUGACGGGGGUCCAAAUAUCGGCGGAGACCCCGGAUGUCCAGGUCCCUCGGGCCUUCGUGAAGCUCAAGAACCAGCGGUCCAAGUCCGCUGAGACUGCUGAGGAACUUCAGGACUUCGUCUCUCGUCGACUGAGCGAGGAGCAUUGGCUGAAGGGAGGCGUGGCCUUCCUGGACGAGAUCCCCGUCUGCACGGCCGGGAAGGUGAGACGGAGGGAGCUCCAACCCCUCGCUCAAGUGUGAAGACUCGCAUGUACGAGGUGACCAGAGGUCGAAAGCCUUCGUGGAAGCAAACUGACGGCGAAAAAGCAAUUGAAAUGUUUUCCAAUUUCGAUUGGAAUAUUUUCCUUCGUCUCUAUUUUAAUCCAUUUACUGACGCUUGCUUUGUCGUUUCGAAUGAGUGCAGAUAGCUUAAUACUGCUCACCUGAAUCCCAACGCGCAACAUGUUUACAGUUGGGCUACCCUUGACUUUCCUCAUGUUUUGUAUUUGCGAUGCUUUUAACGGUCAUUUUCAAGCAAGACGGAUGUUUGGCUGAUUGUCUUGUGGUUUGCGCUAUAAAUCGGUGAGAACGACGAUAAUAAAAUGCGAUUUCUGGCAUAUUCGAGAAGACGAACCUUAAAACGAA